AUGGUUCGAGAUACUGCUUCCAUCUUGUUUUUGAACGCUGAAGCGCAAACUUCAAUAAGUUUUGCUGAGAAUAUUUUUACUAGUGAUCAUUUAUCCGUUAAUUUCGAUAGAAACUUAUCAAUUAAAAAAAAACAGUUACUUCAGAUUCAACAAAUUAGAAGAAUUUUACUUGAUGUAUCAAGACGAAACCACGGUGCUGACGUAAACACCUAUUACAGUUGGGCCAGCCGUUCGUUGGAGAUGUUUGAAGACAUCAAACAUCUUCACCAGUGUCUCUACAACAAAAAUGCACCAUUCCAACUGCUACCUACCAAAUGUGGCAAUAGAUUGGUUGACGAGGGAGAAGAUUGUGACUGCGGUAAAUUUCCUGAUGACCUGGAGAUGUCUGUAGGUCAAAGAAAUAUGAGUGCGACGAAGAAGAUAUACUUGAAGAAAUCAUCAUCUCCGGCAAUAAGAAACCUUUCAAAGUCUCUACAGAAUAAACGACGGCGUAGCAUUGGACAGAGAAACCUGGGCAAUAGCCUGGGUAGAUUGUAA